UGAGAACUAUGUAUACAACACCUGAUAUGUGCCAGCUGUGGUACCGGGCGCUGGGGCUGUGGUGGAAAACAGAGCUUCUACCCUGUGGACCCCAGGUCUUUGCCUUAGAGCUCACUCUGUCAGCCCCCGGGGUCCCAGUAGACCAGAGGCUGGUGGGAUUACUAGGUCUCAUCACUGCUUCCAGCUCCCCUGUUGGGAAGGUAUUAACAAGACAGUGGCACUGCUAUCAUCUUCCUUGUCCUUCUGAGCUCCCAGGGCUUGAGUGUGCUGGCUCCAGUGCACUGUCCUCAGGAGCCUGUUAUCCCUUAGGCUUGAAGAACCUGAGCUCCCUCUAAGGGAGUUCCAUUUCUCAGGGCUCCUGUCUAGGUCCAGGCCAGGGUCUGCACAGCUAAAACCAUUUUUGUUCUCUGUGCCUGCCAUUCUUGAAGGUUCCACUUUCAUGGCCCUGAGUAAGAUUUCAGUUCUCAAGGCCAGCAUGGGAGUGCUUGCUGUGUUGUCAUCCUCAUACGACAAUCGUUGGAAGAGCUGGGAGGAUUUUGCUCAGGAUUGGUACUCGCAUCAGCAGAGCGGUUCUCAUCCUAAUGUGCUUGCCUCCCAUCUUGUGACUCAUUAGUUUUCCCUUCUGUGCUGUUACCCAGCUUGGUUCUACCCAAGAAGCGGGUUUAGAACAUAGGAUGAGUGCAAGUGCGUUCCAGAGUUGUAGUUAAAAGAUGCCUCUGUGGAUGGGAACACUCAAGUAUUGCCUGUCUGCAGUCAAACCCAACAAAGACAAAACCACUUUCUCAUCUGGAACUUGGGGGUUUAUCAGACUUGAGUAGGGAAAGCAGAGACCAGUGUGGGUGGGUGAUAACUUGGAGUGAAAAAAAUUGAUGUCAAGGACAUUGAAAUGGCAUCUGUUUUUACCUGGGCUAAUUACACGUGUAAUGAAUAACUGAUGAACCCUUAUUAAUUUCAAGCAAAUAAUCUACAGUUUGCUCUUGGGAAAAGAGCCUACUGGUACAGAUAACUUCUUACGACAAGCCAAUUCUGGAUCUCUACACAGACUUCAUUCCUAUAUAAAUGAACACAUUUUUUGUCUCCACACUAAAAAUUAUUGUAGGGACAUAAGAGAUGGAAGCAUUUAGGGAAAAACAAAGGAGUUGUUUUAUGCACAGCUAUCCAUUGUCUGGGGUUCCCAUCGUGUGUGUUAGGGACAAAAGCAUUCUUUCUCUUGCAUCUCCCAUAAUCAGUGCUCCCAGCUGGCAGCCUGGCACUGAUGCCUUUGUCUCAGUGCCAGUGCAAUACUGGGGUGGUUUGUGGGACGCUGGCUCUGAAGUAGGUACAACUGUCCCUAAGAGAAACAACUACUGAUUUCACGUAUACUCCCCUAUGGGAACUCUGGCCAUGGGAGAAUAGUGGGGGCUUUUCCUGGGCAGUCCCUAGACCUUAGAAAUUGCUCUUGACCUCAUGCCCACUUACUCUUACCCAGCAGUUGCACAGACUCCCCUCUGGCCUAGUGCUUAUCAAUGUUGGCAGCCAGCAGCACCCCCAGGGAUUGAAAACGCCCACUCAGCAGUCUGUCAGGUCAAGAGGUCAGCAUGUGAGCACUCAGUGGUCUGCCCUCUAGGCCAAGGUGCACAGACAGCUGGAGUGUCAGGGCACUUUGCUUCACUCUCCAGAUCAGCCUAGAAACCAGAGCUCCCCCUCUUAGUCAAACAGAUGGCUGUGGGUGAUGUGGAACCCUGAGCUGCUGAAAGAGCUGCUUCCAUUCUUUCCAGCCCCCUAAAAUCACGUACCUCACACUCUCAAUUACAGCAUCUGAGACCACUAAGCUCCAUAGGUAACAGCUACUCCUUUCCCCUUUCUGGCUUCUGCAAACUAGCCCCUACCCCGAGGGAGCCCCUAGUGUGGGAGUUUAAAAUCCCAAGAAAAAACUGCAAGAUGCUGAAAGCCUCUCAAGGACAGCGAACACUGGCCAACCUCUUCUCUCCUGUCUUCAAGAUCAGAGUCUGCCAAAGGAGAAUUGUGGGCACCAGAGCCUGUAACUCUGACUUUUCCCAUCCUCCCUUCCUGGAAGACAUUCAGGUGGGGGGCAUACUUUGAGGUGAGGAGAAGCCCACUGGUGAGUCCCUAAGAAGACCACUGUAGGUACUGAGAUGACCUUCUCUGUCAGGGCUCCUGGGGUGUCUCCUUAUUCUUGCGUGGGGUUGUCCCCAAAGCAGGCCUUUACCUCAUAUGUGGUCUUAGCUUUAGAAAUAGGUCCACACCCAACCACCCCACUCAGCUACAGCCCUGCAGUGCAGCUAGUGUGGGGCCAGUGAUAUGUGGUCUCUGUCACUGCCAGGGGACAAAACUGCAGAGCAGUUUUGGGGGUCCUGGGAAGAUAUGCAAGGCAUAUACCUUGGGAAAGAAAGCAUUCCUGUGUCUGCUACUAGGGCUGCACACAACUCCAGUGCUGGGAGGCAGAAGGGAGUGAGGGGGGCCAGUCUAGACUAUUUCUUGGCAGACCUCAAGAUGAGACCGUUGCAGAGGGACAGAGCGGACUGGGCUGGGGCCAAGGGAAGAAGCCUGCUGUCACUGUCAGCUGGCAAACCUAAGAGGAAAGGUGGGGCCUGGUCUGUGCCCCAUUCCCGUUCCCCACCUGUCUCUACUCUUUUCUCCAUUUUCCCUGGCUCUGCCAGACUGUCUCCUUGGGCGCUCGCCUCCCCACCCACCCCUGGAGGGCGGGGCUUGGCUGCACCCACGUGUGGUGGAGUUAUAUGCUCCUAGCAGGCAGAGGAGCUGGGGAGUGUGGAACCAGCUGGCUCAGGCAGAAAAGCAGCACCAUGGCCGGCAAGAAAGUCUGCAUUGUAGGCUCUGGCAACUGGGGCUCAGCCAUCGCCAAGAUUGUGGGUGGCAAUGCAGCCCAGCUGGUACGCUUUGACCCACGGGUGACCAUGUGGGUGUUUGAGGAAGACAUCGGGGGCAGAAAGCUGACAGAGAUCAUCAACACACAGCAUGAAAAUGUCAAAUACCUGCCCGGGCACAAGCUUCCCCCCAAUGUGGUGGCUGUCCCAGAUGUGGUCCAGGCUGCAGUGGAUGCUGACAUCUUGAUCUUUGUGGUGCCACAUCAGUUUAUCAGCAAGAUCUGUGAUCAGCUCAAGGGCCACCUGAAGGCAAACGCCAUUGGGAUAUCUCUUAUUAAGGGUGUAGACGAAGGCCCCAAUGGGCUGAAGCUCAUCUCUGAAGUGAUUGGGGAGAGACUUGGCAUCCCCAUGAGCGUGCUGAUGGGGGCCAACAUUGCCAGCGAGGUGGCUGAUGAGAAGUUUUGUGAGACAACCAUUGGCUGCAGGGACCAGGCCCAGGGACAACUUCUGAAAGAACUGAUGCAGACACCCAAUUUCCGCAUCACAGUGGUGCAAGAGGUGGACACAGUAGAGAUCUGUGGGGCCUUGAAGAAUGUAGUGGCCGUGGGGGCUGGCUUCUGCGAUGGGCUGGGCUUUGGCGACAACACCAAGGCAGCGGUGAUCCGGCUGGGGCUCAUGGAGAUGAUCGCCUUCGCCAAACUCUUCUGUAGGGGCCCUGUGUCCCCUGCCACCUUCUUGGAGAGCUGUGGUGUUGCUGACCUCAUUACUACCUGCUAUGGAGGGCGGAACCGCAAGGUGGCAGAGGCGUUUGCCAGUACAGGAAAGUCCAUUGAGCAGCUGGAGAAAGAGAUGCUGAAUGGGCAGAAGCUGCAAGGGCCCCAGACAGCCCGGGAGCUACACAGCAUCCUCCAACACAAGGGCUUGGUGGAUAAGUUCCCUCUGUUCAUGGCUGUGUACAGGGUAUGCUAUGAAAGCCAGCCAGUGGGUGAAUUCAUCCGCUGCCUGCAGAAUCAUCCAGCACAUAUGUGAACAAGGCUGAGGCCCAGGCCAGGAAGCUUCUUUAUCUUGGUGGACACAGGCAGAAGCUUGGGUACCUGGCCACCAGGAUCUCUGGGUCUCCCCAGACAGAAGCCUCUUCUCUGCUUUUCCCUGGAGAACAGGAAGCUGUGGGGCCCAUCAAUCUGUCUGGAAAUCCUGAACCACCAAGCAGCCUGCAGCCUCUUGCCACAUCUUUCCAGGAAUGGAGAUGCCUGUCCCUCUCCAAAUGUGGGGCUUUCUCCCUGCCCUAUGAGAAGCCCCAGCACUGUCUACUUUGAGCAUGUGUGGUGGGGCAGAGGGUAGAGGGAGAGGGAGGUAAAGCAAUGGCCACCCAUUACUGCAUUACACAGAACAGGAAUCCUGUCCCCAAGCCCAGUUGAGUGGCUAAAGAACUAUCUCAGCUACAAGAGAGAUGAGGAGAGGCCUGUCAGGGAGUGGUUUGAGAUUUUGAGCUGACAUAGGGACUCCUUUGCUCUGUCUGACCUAUGCCAGGCCCCACUCAGCAUCAAUGGAUCUCAGUGUUUGUUAACAAAAUACAAAGAUCUCAACCCCCUUCUAGCUUCUCCUAGCAACAUCUGCGUCCUCAGAAACCUCUGGUCAUUCCCUUUCCCCUCCCCCAGGCUGCCCUGGCACCAGAGUUAGCUGCCACGCUGGCAUCUCUGGCCCUGGGGCUUGUCAUUCUCCCCAUGGACUUCCCAGUUCCUACUUCUUUGCCAGCUCCUCCCCACUGUGUGUGACCUUUGCAAGCCUUCCCUCUCUCUCCCUACCAGCACCCUCUUUGGGGAGCAGGAACUUAAUCUGCUGACAGAGCUACACCUUUUCAUAGCAGGCUCAGAUCACUCUGCUCCCUGUGACCUUUGGAUCUGCCUUGCUUCCUUUCUCAGGAGCUCUAAUGGCAGGGGAGGUUUCAGCUGGGUCCCUCCUCCUGCUAUCUCCCCAGAAUAUCCUUGAUUCCACCCCUUUCCUUCUCCCAAAUCCUGUACCUAUUUCUCAGCUGCCUCCAGAGCAACCAGGGCAGCUAACAAGUACCUGUAUCUAGAAGCCAGGGAGCUAGAGAGUGGCCCAAAGGCUGAGCAGGGGGAAGGAAGGGCGAGCAUAUCCUCUGUUGGUGGGUCCUGACAUUCCAAGGCCAGCUCUCCUCCAUCAUCUGCCUUCUCAACAAGGUAUAUAUGAGUACCCUGAGAGCUAGGAAACUUAUGGAAGAGGAAAAAAAAUUAAAACCAUCUUACCCUUUAAGGUAGUGAUUUUCAACCUUUUUCAUUUCAUGGCACACAUAAACUACUAAAAUUAUGUAACACAAAAAUACUAUUUUUUACUGAGCUGACAAGAUAACAGAUAUAAUUUUGAUUUGUUCACACUGGAUGGCUAUUGUCGUUUUGGCUGUUGUCUUUUUUUUUUCAUCUUGACAAUUUAAGGGAAAACAAUGCCUCUGACUAAAGAGUCAGGUAUUGCAUGUUAUAAAAGUCUGUGCGGCACAGAAGUGUGCCUCUUGUGGGCACAUCACUGGGCACAUCACACACUGCCUGAAAAUUGCUGCCCUAGGGUAAGGGAAGAACAGAAAGGGGAGGAGGGAGAGACGUGUGCUUUGCCUGGCUUAGCUCCAGAACGGGGUGGCAGUGGAGAAUAUCACAGGUCAGCAGCCUAGGCUCCUGGCUAUAAAUAGUCCCUGAGGGCCUAUGACGCUCCUUCCGGUCCAGUACAGGGUCUCAGCUUCCUGAGUGGCAGCACCUGGCAUACUAUGGCUCUGGCCAGCAUUAUAUUAACCCUCCCUUAUUCCUGGCCUGGCGACCAGGGAGGCAGGCUCCUCUCAGCUUCUAGCCAUUGAGAAUUCACUUUCCAGUGAAGCGCAGAGCUGCCUGAAUCAGGCAGCAGGAGCGAGGUGCACAGUUGUCCCAGAUCUGGCUGGGCCCAGUCAGGGGCACUGAUUUAAUACAGGAGGUCAAUGUGGGGGCAGGAAACCAGCUUCCUUCCCUCAGUUGUUCACUCCAAAGUCAACUGAAUCUAAGGCCUUCGAAUCAGGCCUAUUUGUGUACCCAAUAAAAAGUGGUUUUACUAGAAAUGA